AUGCUCAUUCAGCGAAUCCACGUGGCGUGUCGCCUAUUCUCCACAGCGUCCACUUCGGCUAGUUUUGAAAAAACGCCCACCCAACCGCUCACAAAAUGCCUUCAAUUGGCUGUGAUCGGCGCGCCGAACGUCGGAAAAUCGCUGCUCACCAACUCGUUAGUCAGAUGUCCACUAUCCGCGGUUAGCAGUAAAAUGGACACGACCACAAGGAACAUCUCCGCGUCGAUCUGCACAGACAGUACCCAACUGGUGUUCACCGAUUCUCCAGGAGCCGUCAGCACCUCGCACGUUCGUCAGACAAUGAAAGGGACCAGCGCGACGAGCGGUGAUCGUGUACUUCAAGAUCCCGAACGAGCACUUCAGAGGGCUCAACACAUCCUGGUGGUUCAGGAUUCGACGGCGCCCGGAGCCUACAUUCAUCAUCGAGUACUUCAUAUGCUGCAUAGAUAUUCUCAUGUGCCGAGCACUCUUGUCAUGAAUAAAAUUGAUUUGGUGAUGCGGAGGACGGAUUUGUUACCGUUGGUUGAGAUCCUAACCAAUGGCCAACUCGCUAAUAAUCAACAAAUCACGACUAAACCCGCUCAAAUCGGUCGUCUCGGAACAUCCCUCUCCUCGUCGUCACCCAAUUCGUCCCACCAACCAACAGACGAUAAAUGGAAGGCACAGUUUCGAGAGCUCAUCCAAAAACCCACCUGGAAAUGUAGCUACAACGAUACUCGUGCGCUUUUUCGAACGAUUUGUGGAUGGUCGGGAUUCGAACGAGUGUUUUUUGUGAGCUCGUUGAGUGGAGAGGGAAUCGACGAGUUGCGGACUCAUUUGAUGAAUAUCUCGCCGGAUGGAGAGUGGAAAAUGGAUCAGGGAAUGCCGACGGGAGAGAGUGCCCAACAACUAUGCAUCGACUCGAUUCGUGCCGCAGUCCUCGACACAACGCCUUCUAACGUGGCAUACUCGGUACAAGUACGAAUUUCCGAAUGGGAAGAGCAAGGAGAGGUUCUUCAAAUCGUCGGAGAGAUCCGAUGCCAGAAGCCACGCGACGGAUCAUUGGUAAUUGGAAAAGGAGGAAAACGGAUUUCGGAAAUCGGACGAAGAGUCAAUGAACACCUUCAUUCUCUGUUUCAGCGGCAGCUCUAUGCCAGACUCAUUGUUACUUGUAAUGGAAAAUUGAUUACUCAGGAGAAAUAG